GCGCUCCGAUCUCUCCCCGGCCAUGUGCGGGGUUUGUGGCCGGCUGGAGCCUCCACGCCGGCCACAAACCCCGCCGGGCGUGGGAUGCUAACAGUGCCUCGGAAUGCCUUAUGUAGACCGUCAGAAUCGAAUUUGCGGAUUCCUGGAUAUUGAGGAUAAUGAAACCUGUGGGAAGUUCCUACGUCGGUAUUUCAUUCUGGAUACCAAAAUCAACAGGCUUUUGUGGUACAUGGACAAUCCUCAGAAUCUGGCUGUAGGCUCAAAAGCAGUAGGAUCUCUACAACUGACCUACAUCUCUAAGGUCAGCGUGGCUACCCCCAAACAAAAGCCGAAAACACCAUUCUGUUUUGUUAUCAACGCCUUGUCUCAGCGGUAUGUCUUGCAAGCAAAUGACCAGAAAGAUCUGCAAGACUGGGUGGAAGCCCUGAACACCGCCAGCAAGAUUACGGUACCAAAGCAUGGAAGUUUGUCACUAGCCACAGAAACAGGAAGACACCCAUAUAAGACUGAAAUCAUUGGAGGAGUCGUUGUGCAGACACCCAUCUCAGUCAACCAGAAUGGAGGAGAUAGCUCCGAAGGCCAUGAGCUUUCAUCUCACCCUUUGUUGAAGCGGUCCCAGAGUUACAACCCUGCUACCAAAACCCCGGUGGGACCUCUAGUCCUCAAGAGUGGCUAUUGUGUCAAGCAGGGGAACGUAAGAAAGAGCUGGAAACGCCGUUACUUCAUGCUGGAUGAAAAUUCUGUCAACUAUUUCAAAUGCGAGCAGGAUAAAGAGCCCUUGCGGUCAAUCCUCCUGAAGGAUGUUCUGAAGACUCAUGAAUGUCUCGUCAAAUCUGGUGACCUUCUAAUGAGGGAUAAUCUCUUCGAAAUUAUAACAAGCUACCGGACAUUCUAUAUCCAGGCCUACAGCCCUGAAGACAUGAAAAGCUGGAUCAAAGAGAUUACGGGCGCGGUGCAGGCAUUAAAGAGCUGUCCCCGAGAAAUGCCUUUGGUGAGAUCAGUGUCGAUGGAUAAACGAGGAAGCCCCACCUUGUCCGGCUCCACCACAGCAUCCAUAGCGUGGCUCAAGCAGCGAGGAGACGAGUCCAAGGUUGGACACAAAGGUCCCUCCACUUCUUGCUGGCUGCCCUGGAUGCCCGUGCCACAGCUGGAGGAGAAGCAGCAGCUGGCAUCCAAGGAACUGGCCGAAGACUCUGGGUUUGCCCCUUUGCCUGCUGAGCGAGGUGCUGGAGAGACCCAGGUCAGGCGCCUCCGACACAGGUCGGAACCCCAGAACUUCAAAGAACACCGCUUUCUGAUUGACUUGGAGGAUGAAAACAUCAGAACCUCAGACGUGUGAUGGAGCAGCGAGGUGGAAACGGGCGUUCCCAGGACCAGGAUGUUCUGGGUGAACAAUUGCUAGCUUGCACUUGCUCCAAAAGCAGAGGUGGAACAGAUACUGCAACAGAGUUCAAGCGAAGAAGGAAUCGACACCUACCGUGUGGGUUGCAUGC